UAAUAAUCAUUUAGAUUAACCGUUGUAUCUCAUUAAAAGCAGUGAUUUUAAAGGAGACUGAGAUUGUGAAAUUUCCAGUGGCAAAAUUAUUUCUAUUUUUCGUCACGAAUUUUCGUAUUAUACGCGGAAGGUUAACGAAUUUUUUUUUUAAAUUUAAAUUAGAACUUAUCGUAAUUAUAAUUGUCACGAAAUGGAAGGACCUAACGUUGACUGAUCACACGGGUCCAGUGACAUAUACGCAACAGGGAUCAGUUCAUAACUGUUAAAGAUUCUGUCACGUACGAGAUUCGUUCUAUUGCCUCUCGUUGAAAGAUGAAUUUUAAUAGAAAAGCAAUGGCACGAUGCAUAACAAGUAUACUGCUCGUUUCCCUAUCGGUGAUAAUUGGUGGGACUUCGGCUGUCAGGAACUGCAACUCAUUCUCGAGGAAUUGGCAGUCACAAAUUGGCAUACUGGUUUCUCCGCUGAUCUUAAAAUCGAAGAUCCGUGAGAUAGAGAUAUAUUGGAACAACAUCGACCUCGGAUCAGGAGACGAGAUUUCAUUGUACGAGGAACGUCCUUCGGGAUCUUUGCACCGAAUUUACACUGUGACACCUGACAGUCCGAGUGGUAUUCGGAACACAGGAGUGCAAUUCGAGUUCAUACCCAGCACGAACUUUUCUUUCUUACAGGAAUGCUUAAAGUAUUCACUGGUAUGGAAUACGAAUAAAGGAACGAAGAAAGUGAAGUGCUUUAAGACGCAGCCGACUUGGAUGAAAGAUUUAAAAAGUAUCCUGGGUCCUUUGAAAAUGAAAGAAAUAUUUUUGCCUGGAACUCAUGAUUCCGCGUCGUACGACGAGGAUGAUAACAGCUUCAACCUCAUCGCAAACUUAGCCGUGACUCAGGAUCUAGAUAUUCUUGGCCAACUAAUACACGGUGUACGAUAUUUGGACAUUAGAGUGGGACAUUAUGAAAAUACCAAGGAGAUUUGGUGGACCAAUCAUGGGCUAUUUUAUCGAUCAGUCCCUUUGAAGAUUGUCAUAGACCAGGUGAAACUAUUUCUCAACAAUACCGAAGAAAUUGUGAUAAUGGAUAUUCGUGAAUUUCCCAUUGGUUUCAAUAAUAUAUCAGAUCAUCGAGCGUUGGUCUCAUACUUGGAAGAAGAAUUUCGGGACUACUAUCACCUAAAUAAUCAUGGAUGGGGAAUCACGUUGAAUGAGAUCUGGUCUUCUGGGCGUAGAUUGAUAAUCGGUUAUGAGCAAAAGGAAAUUGUGAACAGCUAUGAUAGUAUGUGGCCUUGUGUGUUGCAUAAAUGGGGAAACGUGAAGAACGUGCAAAAAUUAUACGAAUAUUUGCAUAAAAUCGAAACUGAAGACAGCAAUGAAGUAUUGAGGCCACGAGCAGCAAUGGCAGAAUUGACAGCAGAUUUUAGUGAUAUUCUUCUCAACAAAUUAGGAAACCUUCGAAAGAUGGCGCAUAGUGUUAACUUAAAUGUAUCUAAUUGGUACAGUACCAUUUGGCAAUUCACUGCCAAUAUCGUGGCAGUGGAUUUCGUAAGAAGUACAGAUAUAGUCGAUAUUGCCAUUCAGUCUAACAAGAAUCGUCAUUUGCACUGUAGAUAUUAAUCAUUUUGCAAUUCUAUCGUUGUUAGCUUAGAAUUGUAAUAUGUUAGUAGAAAAUGUUCUGCAGGAUCAGACAAGAUUUUAUUUUGAUACAGGAACUACCAGGC